CAGUCCUCGAUCCCCCGCGUCUUUCCUACCUUCAGUUGCCCCAAUGAUACCCUGAGUUGCUUACAUCAGCAUUUACACCUCUUAAUUCUCCUUCCACACCCCACGCAACAUGGGCGCGCCGCGACGAGCAGGCCAACCCUUUCGCCGGGUGGGCAAAGGCGGACAGUCGAACUACGGGCACAACAAACGAAAGACCGUCGACGCCGCGUCGCUACGAAGCACCGAACAAACAUCACAGAACGAGAAGCUCGAGGCCACACGCUUGGCGGACCGCAUCGAUGAGUCCAUGGGCUUCCCGCGUUUCGACUCCGGCAAGAAGAAGGUCGGCUGGCUGGUCAAUAUGCGUUCGACCGCGAUAGAAGACGAGCAGGUGCCCGGCGGGAGAGCGGGCGUGGAUUUCUACUUCAUUGGCGACGACGGGGACACAUUCAAGGCGACGCUGGAGUAUGAUCCGUACUUCUUGCUCGCAGUGAAGAAGGGGAAAGAACAAGAGGUGGAGGAAUGGUGUCGGCGGGCGUUCGAAGGGCUAGUCAAGACACUCAGGAGAGUGGAAAAGGAAGAUCUGUCCAUGCCCAACCAUCUCACAGGGUACCGGAGAACGUUCCUGCAGCUCAGCUUCGCAAACGUGAACGACCUCCUCGCCGUCCGGAGGGCAGUGAGCCCGGUAGUCGAGAGGAACAAGAAGAACGUCAACGCCAUGGACACAUACGCCGAGGUCGCGACGCGGGACGCGGAUAUCGACUUUUACGACUACGACGAUUACGAACACGAGAAACGAUUUACGGCUGUUGUUGAUUCCAGCGAUUUCAUUCUAGACAUGCGUGAAUACGACGUCCCAUACCACGUCCGGGUGGCCAUCGACAAGGACGUUAGGAUUGGAAAUUGGUACACUGUGGAGGCGAAGCACGGUGUGGUCAGCAUGACAUGUAUAGAAGACCGUCUCACACCCGCGGACCCCGUCGUUAUGGCCUACGAUAUCGAAACAACGAAGCUGCCGCUGAAGUUCCCGGACGCUGUCAUCGAUCAGAUCAUGAUGGUGUCGUACAUGAUCGACGGACAGGGGUUUCUGAUCACCAACCGCGAGAUCGUAUCCGAGGAUAUCCAGGACUUUGAGUACACCCCGAAACCCGAGUACCAAGGCCCAUUCAUGAUCUUCAACGAGCCAGAUGAGAAGGCGCUGAUCGAGCGGUUCUUCGAGCACAUCAAGGAGGCUAGGCCGACAGUCAUGGUCACAUACAACGGAGACUUCUUCGAUUGGCCGUUCGUCGAGGCAAGAGCUAGUGUGCUAGGUAUCGACAUGUACCAGGAAAUCGGCUUCCGGAAGAACAGCGAAGACAUCUACCAGUCUGACUACUGCGCGCACAUGGACGCUUUCGCCUGGGUCAGUCGAGACAGUUACCUGCCGCAAGGAAGUCGUGGCCUCAAGGCUGUCACGAUGGCUAAGCUGGGCUACGACCCCGAUGAGCUGGAUCCGGAGUUGAUGACACCGUACGCCUCUGAACGACCGCAGACGCUGGCGGAGUACUCGGUUUCCGACGCUGUUGCUACGUACUACCUGUACAUGAAAUAUGUGCAUCCCUUCAUCUUCGCUCUGUGCAAGAUCAUCCCGCUGGGUCCGGAUGAUACACUGCGAAAGGGUACUGGUACCCUGUGCGAGAUGCUGUUGAUGGUGCAAGCGUAUCAGAAAGGCAUCGUUCUUCCGAACAAACAUCAGGCGCCAAAGGAAGCCUUCUGGGAAGGUCAUCUUCUGGAGUCGGAGACCUACGUCGGAGGCCACGUCGAGAGUAUUGAAGCUGGUGUCUUCCGUAGUGAUAUUCCGUACGACUUUGCGGUAGAUCCUACGGCGAUCGACGAGCUGAUCAGAGACCUUGAUGCUGCCCUGAAAUUCAGCAUUGAGGUCGAAGAGAAGAAGAAGCUGGAGGAUAUCACAAACUACGAGGAGGUCAAGGGUCAGAUUGUCGAGAAGCUGAUGCAGCUCAAGAACACACCGAACCGGAAUGAACGACCGUUAAUCUACCAUCUGGACGUCGCGUCCAUGUACCCCAACAUCAUGACGACAAAUCGACUGCAGCCGGAUUCUAUGAUCCAGGAGUCGAACUGUGCAGCCUGCGACUUCAACCGACCGGGGAAAACGUGUGAUCGCCGAAUGCCGUGGGCCUGGAGAGGCGAGUAUCUCCCGGCCAAACGCGACGAGUACAACAUGGUUCGGAACGCACUCGAGAACGAACGAUUCCCCGGAAAAUACGCAAACUCUCCGACAAAGACUUUCCAAGAGCUUUCAGUAGACGAGCAAGCCACACUAGUCAAGAAGCGCUUAACAGACUACUCGAAGAAGAUCUACCACAAGAUCCACGACCAAACAACAAUAGAACGCGAGGCUAUCAUCUGCCAGCGCGAAAACCCCUUCUACGUCGAUACAGUCGUGGGCUUUCGUGAUCGCCGCUACGACUUCAAGGGCAAGCAGAAGGUGUGGAAGGGCAAGACUGAAGAGUUGAAGAAGGCUGGAGCACCAGCUGCGCAGAUCGAGGAUGCGAAGAAGAUGGUCGUCUUAUUCGACUCCAUGCAGUUGGCGCACAAGGUCAUUCUCAACUCCUUCUACGGCUACGUCAUGCGCAAGGGUUCGCGAUGGUACUCGCUCGAGAUGGCCGGUGUUACCUGUCUGACGGGUGCGCGCAUCAUUCAGCUUGCCCGUUCGCUAGUGGAGCGCAUUGGGCGACCGCUGGAGCUGGAUACUGAUGGUAUCUGGGCUAUCCUGCCUGCGACGUUUCCGGAGAACUUUGCGUUCCAUAUGAAUAACGGCAAGAAACUGACCAUUUCGUAUCCUUGCACGAUGUUGAAUCAUUUAGUUCACGAACAGUACACGAAUCACCAAUACGAGACGCUUGUGGAUCCGAAGACGUUCAAGUACGAGAAGCAUAGCGACAACACCAUUUUCUUCGAAGUGGACGGGCCGUACAAGGCUAUGAUUCUGCCGACGUCGAAAGAGGAGGACAAGAACUUGAAGAAGCGUUAUGCUGUGUUCAAUCAUGAUGGCAGUCUUGCAGAACUGAAGGGAUUCGAGGUUAAGCGACGUGGCGAGUUGAAGCUCAUCAAGAACUUCCAGUCGCAGAUCUUCAAGUUCUUCUUGGAAGGUACGACGCUCGAAGAGACCUACGGUGCCGUUGCGAACGUCGCCAACCGCUGGCUCGACAUCCUGGACACCCGCGGUGCCACCCUUGCCGACGAAGAACUCGUUGAUCUCAUCGUCGAGAACAAGAACAUGACCAAGACACUGGAGGAAUACGGAGCGCAGAAGUCCACCGCUAUCACCACCGCCAAACGCCUUGCCGAGUUCUUGGGCGAGCAGAUGGUGAAGGACAAGGGUCUCAACUGCAAGUACAUCAUCUCAUCACGACCUCGAAAUGCUCCUGUCACCGAGCGUGCCAUCCCAAUGUCCAUCUUCUCGGCAGAGGAGUCGGUCAAGCGCUACUUUUUGAGGAAGUGGAUGCGCGAAGACCCUGGUGAGAUGGACAUCAGAAGUAUCCUGGAUUGGGAGUACUACCGCGAGCGUCUAGCGUCCGUCAUCCAGAAGCUCAUCACCAUCCCUGCGGCGCUCCAGAAAGUCAAGAACCCGGUGCCAAGGGUACCGCAUCCCGACUGGCUCGCCAAAAGGAUUCGUCAGAAGGAAGACAAAUUCCAGCAGACCAAGAUGACGGAUAUGUUCACCAAGAGCAAGAAAGCUCUGACUAAUGGCGAUGCGAAUAUCGCCAACAACAAGCUUUCUGGCGACUUUGAGGACUUUGGUGCGCCCAAGCUGUCGCAGAUGAAGAGAGGCGUCGCAACGAAGAUGGUGUCUAAGCGGAAGGAGCCUGAGCCUGCGGUGCCUGUGCAGACAGAUCCGUACGCUGCGUUGCCGAAAGUCAUGCCCUCUAUCACCGAAGACUACUCUGGCUGGCUCAUGUACCAGAAACAGAAGUGGAAGAUUCAGCGACAAGCGCGGAAGCGUAGACGACAGUUGUUUGGAGAGAAACCCGUGGAUGCUUCAGAUGCUAUCGGGACGCUGUUCAGGAGCAAGGCGGAGAUGCUGUUCAUCAGCACCUGGCAGCUCAUUCAACUACGACCGACCGAAACUCCGGGGGAGGUUAAGGCGUUCGUGCUGAUCGACAAGAAGAUCCACACGCUGAAGAUCGUGGUGCCGCGACAACUGUAUCUCAACCUUCGGAGCGAGGAUCUGCCUGAUGUGUCGAUCAGUGGGUGCUCUGUGGAGAAGGUCGUUAAUCAUACUCUACCGAACGGACACCCAUCCAUCCAUCUGUUCAAGCUCCAGAUGUCGGAGCAGACUUAUGUCCAGGAGGCCAACAGUAUCUCGGCGCUUUUCAACCACCCCAGUGUGGAAGGCGUCUACGAGAAGCAAGUGCCCCUCAACAUCCGCGCCAUCCUCGAGCUAGGCAGCACCUGCACAUUCGACGAGUCGCAGAAAGGUGUUCUCGGCAGAGGCAUGGAGCAGGGUUUCGACUUAUCGUCCUUGCGCAAGAUCCCUUCGAAGAAAUUGUAUCUUUCUGAUGCCUCGUUCAGCUACCUCUACGUGUACCACGUUAGCAGCGGAGAUCGCAACAUCUACGCGGUCUUCUCAACCUCGAAAAACGAUGCGCAUAUCAUCAUUCAGAACAGAUCAAAGGACUCCCAGGGUAUGCCUAAUGUCGACAGGAUAUAUGCUGAUGCACUGCAACGCCGGAUGGAAGACAGCCAGGGCGAGCCAUGGCAGACGGCUAUCGAGUAUCAAGAGGACAUUCACUUCAAGACCACGAUGGUCACGACAAGACGGAAGGCGUUGCUCGAACUCGGCGAUGUGAUCAAGAAGAUGAAGACUGAUGAAGGCAAGCCGGUCAUCGUUGUGAUGCAGUCUCCAAACCAGGCGCUGCUAUCCCAUGACAUCCCGAUGCUGAAGGAUCUUCCCAUCCUGUCACUGCAUCCAGAUGAGUCGGACAAACAGCUUCCUCCACUCGGCUGGCAGUCCUUCAUUGCCAAGCGCCUUGUGAGCCAUUAUCUCGAUCUCGGAUCAUGGGCAUCUCAUCUCAUGGAACUGGCGCGCUACGGCGACAUCCCGUUGUGCAACUUGGAGAGCAACGAUCCGCGCUUCCUCAUCGACAUCGCCUACGCCAGACGUCUUCAGAAGGAACGAGUCAUCCUCUGGUGGUCCGGUCAGGCGAAGCCAGAUCACGCAGGUUACGAAAAAGACGAUAUUCUUGGUCCCCUGGAGACGGUGGAGAUGCCAUCCAUCAACAACCCCGGCACCUACUCUUCGGUAUGCAUCGACUUGAGCCUGCGCAACCUCGCCAUCAACACGAUCCUCUCCUCCUCCCUAAUCAACGACCUUGAGGGCGCAGAUAGCGUAUCUCUCAACCCUGCGGCGCCAUCUUACGACUCAGCAAACGACGGCACAAACACCAUCUACUCCGACAAUGCCUUCGCAUCCGCCGGCAUCACAGUGCUGCGCGAGAUGGUGAAAGCAUGGUGGGUCGAAGCCGUCAGCGCAGGCAACGGCUACUCAAUGGCCGACGUCAUGGUCCAGCACCUCGUACGCUGGGUCAGUUCGCCCGGCUCCUUCCUUUACGACCGCAGUCUGCACUACUACGUGCAGAUGAUGAGCAAGAAGACGCUGCAACAACUCAUGAGCGACUUCAAGCGCGUGGGAAGCCACAUCGUAUUCGCGUCUCCCAACCGCCUGCUCCUGCAGACGACAAAAGCUGAGGUCGGCAAUGCGUACGCGUAUAGUCAAUACAUCAUCAAAACCAUCAGGGCCAAACCGCUGUUCCAGUUCAUGGACCUCGAGAUCAAAGAGUACUGGGACUAUCUCGUGUGGUACGACGCGUUUAACUACGGCGGCCGCGGCACCGCGACCAUCGUCGAAGAAGACAACCAGACCCUCGACGAUAUCAUGUGCUGGCAGCUCGCCUCCUUCCUGCCGCCGACUCUGCGACCCGUGUUCGAGCAGUGGGUGCUGGAAUUCAUAGAGCUCAUGCACGCGCGCAAGCGUCCUCCCCCGGGUCCGGACGGGAGCACGCCGCGCGUCACACAAAUACCGUUGAGACCACUCACCAUCGAUCCAGACGAGAAGACGCAGAUCCUCCCCAAGACUUUCACAAAGGGUCUGUACAAGCACAUCUCCACUCUCCUCCGGCGCCAGCACACAGAGAUCCUGCACCCCGAACUCGCAGCUGACUACGCCUUCCCCUCGCUGCCGGGCUCACACCUCAAUCUCUCAAACCCCGUUCUGCAGCUCGUAAAGAGCAUAUGCCAAGUCCUGUCCCUCGACCGCGCAAUCACUCUCGAAGCGCGCCUGCUGAGGAAGGAACUUCUGAAUCUCUUCGAGAUCCGCGAAUUCAGCGCCGAAGCCACAUUCACCAACCCCUCCGCCACCCUUGUCGUGCGCGGCGUAGUCUGCGAUGAAUGCACAACCUCCCGCGAUCUGGACCUGUGCCGCGACGCGUCCCUCCUCCCGCCCAUCGUCGACGGAGACGCGCCUGUCGUGCUGCCCAAGUGGAAGUGCGAGAACCCCGUCUGCCUCGCUUCGUACGACAAAUUGAGGAUCGAGGAGCAGUUGGUGGGUGAGGUGCAGAAGAUGGUGCUGGAGUGGUGUGCGCAGGAUUUGAAGUGCGGGAAGUGUAAAAGGCUGAGGAGUAAUGAGUUCAUGGAGCACUGUGCGUGUGCGGGCGAGUGGGUGGCGACUAAGGAUAGGGGGGAGGUGAGGAGGAGGAUGGGAGUUUAUGGGAGGGUGGCCGGGUUUUAUGGGUUGAAGAUGGUAGAAAGUGUUGUGCAGGAGUGUUUGGAAGGCUUCUGA